AUGCAUGGGAGCAGGUACGGUUCUGAGGCCUAUGUGCUGUACAGGUCUGAAGAUGAGAACGCGGCAACGCCACCACCCCGCGGAUACCGUGUGGAUGAAGAUUAUGGCCCUUCUAUGCUUGGAGCAAUCUGGACGACAUGGUCUAUUGCUGUCAUUUUUGUCGCCCUGAGGUUUUGGGCGCGGUCCAGGGCUGUUAACGGGCUUGGGGCAUCGGAUUGGUGCAUUCUGUUUUCUCUGAUCGCAAAGCCUAACGAACUCACAGAAAUCGCACAUGGAAUGGGCAAACACAUAUGGAACGUCGAUUAUGAAGCCAAUUACGUGUUUUUAAUGGCGGGAUUCUGGGCUUCCUCCUUGACUUAUUUCCUUUCGCUGGCGAUGACCAAAAUCUCCAUCUGCCUGUUAUAUCUCACCAUCUUCACCGUGGAAUCGGCACGGAGGGCUACAUAUGCUGUCCUCGUCAUUGUUUGUAUUACCAGUGUCUACACGAUUAUAGUAAUCUGCACAGCUUGUGUACCACUGCGAGAUUUCUGGGAUCCGGCUCAACCUUGGGGCGUUGGAUUACCCAAACCAACUUGUCAUACAAACCAUUGGUACUGGAGCUGCACAGGUUUGACAAUCACCACGGAUUUUCUCAUCUUUCUUCUACCCAUCCCAAUCGUCGGUCCUUUGAAGUUACCCGCGCGACAAAAGGUUUUCGUUGUCGGCAUCUUCGCCGUGGGCUUUGUUAUCUGCAUCGUCUCACUCGUCCGCGUCUCCUAUCUCUACGCUUCCCAAUACACAGCUGUUCAUGAUAUCACCUUCAGCACCGGCAAACUCACCUAUUGGACCGCAAUUGAAGUCCAUACUGCCAUCGUCAUCGCCUGCGUUAUGACCCUGAAGCCUCUCAUCGUCCGCUUCUUCCCCGGCUUCCUCGACCCGCGCGCCAACAACAACAGUAGCGGUGAACAAGGCGCCACAGACGAGCCAACCGCCACCAGUAGCGACCCCCCUCUGACGGUAGGCAGAAGACCAUGUCGCAACGCGUUUGGGCAGCGUCUCUCAUGGAUCGAAGUCCCCGAUACUAGUGGACAGCAGCAGCAAUCAGGCCCAGGGCUAACAACAACGACGGCGGCGGCGGUUGGGGAUGCUGCGCUAAGCGAGAUACCAGUGAGCGGGAGGGGGCGAUACCAACAGUUUUUGAAUUCUCCUUUUCUUCCGGCGGCUGGGAGGACACCGACUGAUAGCAGGCCGUCAUUUGAAAUGAAAACCACAACAACGACGACGACGACGAUGACAAUAAUGACCAACUAUAACGUUACGACAACCUCGGCAGAUUCGAUCAAAGCGAAUAGCGAUACGACUUCUGUGUCUGCGCUGUAUCGAGAGGAGGACGUGGAUAGCACGACAAACCUCAAGGGUUGUUGUGCGCAUGGACAGAGUGAUGCUGGUUCGGUACAUGAAGUCAAGACCGACCGCUACAAUUCCGCAGCGUAA